AUGUCGUCGUCGGGGAAGAUGGAGGGGCCGUCUGCCCCGGCAGUGCGUCGGGACCCCUACGAGGUGCUCAGCGUGCCCAGGGAUUCCUCCGACCAGGAGAUCAAGUCCGCCUACCGCAAGCUCGCACUCAAGUACCACCCUGACAAGAAUGCUAGCAACCCAGAAGCAUCAGAACUCUUCAAAGAAGUUGCAUAUUCUUAUAGCAUCUUGUCAGAUCCUGAGAAAAGGAGGCAGUAUGAUACUGCUGGUUUUGAGGCAUUAGAAAAUGAAGGAAUGGAUAUGGAAAUUGAUUUGUCCAAUCUUGGAACUGUAAACACAAUGUUUGCAGCACUCUUUAGCAAGCUUGGUGUUCCCAUCAAGACCACAGUAUCUCCUACUGUGCUGGAAGAGGCUAUGAAUGGCACAGUUACAGUGAGACCACUCCCUGUUGGAACAUCAGCUACGGGAAAGGUUGACAAGCAAUGUGCUCAUUUUUUUGGCGUAACAAUAAGUGAAGAACAAGCUCAUUCUGGAAUAGUCGUCAGAGUGACUUCACCUGCUCAAAGUAAAUUUAAGCUUCUUUACUUCGAGCAAGAAGUUAAUGGAGGUUAUGGACUUGCUUUGCAGGAAGAUAGUCAAAAGACUGGCAAGGUGACAUCUGCAGGCAUGUAUUUCUUGCAUUUCCAGGUGUACCGUAUGGACUCAACAGUGAAUGCGUUGGCAAUGGCCAAAGAUCCUGAAGCUGCCUUCUUUAAAAGGUUGGAAGGCCUCCAACCCUGCGAAGUGUCAGCUCUCAAACCUGGAACCCAUAUAUUUGCUGUCUAUGGUGACAAUUUUUUCAAGCCAGCUAGCUAUAUAAUUGAAGCGAUGUGCGCAAAGAGUUAUGAAGACACAACAGAGAGGCUGAAGGAAAUAGAAUCUAAAAUUCUAGCAAAGCGAAAUGAUCUGCGUCAAUUUGAAACCGAGUACAGAAAAGCUUUGGCACGGUUUCAAGAAGUCACCAACAGAUAUACACAAGAGAGAGAAGCGUGGUUUGUGGGUCCAAACAAUAAAACUAGAGAGUUACAAUAUCUACAGGUUGAUGAUAUGCUGAGAGAGAGGGACAAUAUCCAUUGCUCGUUCACAACUGAGCGAACUUUGGUAAACCCUGUUGGUGCCGGUAGUAGCAGUAGUAGGUAUACCGUCGAGCAGAGCAUUCCCGAGAGCCCUGAGAAUGGUAGCGUAGAUGGCAGAGACAAAUCUGGCAAAAAGAAGUGGUUUAAUCUAAACCUUAAUAGGUCCGACAAGAAAGCCUGA